AUGUUUUUUACUUUCUUUCAUUAUUUUUUCUUUCUUUCUUUCUUUCUUUCUUUCUUUCUUUCUUUCUUUCUUUCUUUCUUUCCUAAUACACCAAGCCUCUUUCUUUCUUUCUUUGAAAAUGUUUUUUUUUUUAAUUUUCUUUCAUUAUUUUCUUUUUUCUUUUCUUUCUUUCUUUCUUUCUUUUUUUUUUCUUUCUUUCUUUUUUUCUUUUUUUCUUUCUUUCUUUUUUUCAUUUGUUUUUUUAAUUUUUUUUUGAUAUUUUGUUUUUUCUUUCUUUUUGAUUCUUUCUUUCUUUCUUUUUCUUUCUUUCUUUUUUUCUUUCUUUCUUUCUUUUUCUUGUUUUUUCAAGCCUUUUUUUUUUUUUUCUUCCCAUAUUUUUUACUUUUCUUUCAUUAUGCUUUCUUCUUUCUUUUCUUUUCUUUUCUUUCUUUCUUUCUUUUUCUUUUCUUUCUUUCUUUCUUUCUUUACACUCAAGCCUCUUUCUUUCUUUCUUUGAUCCCAUGUUUUUUUUCUUUUUAUUAUUUUCUCUUCUUUCUUUCUUUCUUUCUUUCUUUCUUUCUUUCUUUCUUUUCUUUCUUUUCUUUCUUUAAUACACCUUUUUCUUUCUUUCUUUUUUUGAUCCUUUUUUUUUACUGGAGGAAAUUAUGCUCUCUUCUUUCUUUUUCUGACAUUUUCUUUUUUUUUUCUUUCUUUUUUGUUCUUUCUUUCAAAUUCUUUUCUUUCUUUCUUUUUUUUUCUUUUCUUUCCCUUUCUUUUUUUUCUUUCUUUCUUUCUUUCUUUUUUUCUUUCUUUCUUUUUUCUUUUUUCUUUCUUAGAUUUUCUUUUCUUUCUUUAUUUUUUCUUUCUUUCUUUUCUCUUCUUUCUUUCUUUCUUUCUUUCUUUCUUUUCCCAUUUCUUUUUUCUUUCUUUCUUCAAUUAUGCUCUUUUUUUCUUUUCUUUCAUUUUUUUCUUUCUUUUCUUUCUUUCUUUUUUUUCUUUCUUUCUUAA